GAUAGGGAUUGGACAACUCUGUCGGCCUGGCCUGUUGAGGGGACACUUUUUGGGACCAAUGCAGACCCCCCCUCAGUUCCUCACUGUCAGUGCCUGUGCGUGGGUCAGCAGUUUUUGUCGCUUUCGGGGUAUUGGAACCAGUGAAAAUUUGGACGUGCUGGAAAAGAUGUCAGUCAGCGUCCAUGAAAACCGCAAAUCCAGGACGAGCACAGGCUCCAUGAACAUUUCGCUCUUCCACAAGCCCUCUCAUCCAGACAGUGUGCUCACCCACCUCAACAGCCUGCGCAAACAGUGCAUGUUCACAGAUGUGACACUAUGGGCAGGCGACCGCUCCUUUCCCUGUCACAGAGCUGUGCUUGCCGCUUGCAGUCGCUACUUUGAAGCCAUGUUUAGCGGUGGCCUCCGUGAGAGCCUUGACAAUGAGGUUAACUUUCGAGACAGUGUUCACCCAGAAGUUCUGGAGCUGCUGUUGGACUUUGCUUACUCUUCACGUGUCAUCAUCAACGAGGAGAAUGCAGAGUCACUUCUCGAGGCUGGGGAUAUGCUGCAGUUUCAUGACAUCCGUGAUGCAGCAGCAGAAUUUUUGGAGAAGAAUUUGCACGCAUCAAACUGCUUAGGGAUGAUGCUGCUCUCCGACGCCCAUCAGUGUAAGCGGCUUUAUGAGCUGUCGUGGAGGAUGUGCCUCAUCCACUUUGAGACUCUUCGAGACACUGAAGACUUCUGUGGGCUCUCGAAAGACAAGCUUUUGGAUCUCAUCCUUAGUGAUGAGCUGGAGGUUGAAGAUGAACAGAUUGUGUUCAAUGCAGUCAUGCGCUGGAUUAGGUAUGACCUAGACAGCCGCAGAGACUACCUUCCUGAACUGCUGCGAGGACUACGCCUUGCACUGUUACCCUCAGAAUGCCUCAUUGAAGCUGUGGCAUGUGAGGAACUUGUGAUGUCAGAUAAAAGGAACCGACAGAUUGUUGAUGAGGCCAUGCAGUGCAAGAAAAAGAUUCUGCAAAAUGAUGGUGUUGUCACCAGCCCCUGCGCUAGGCCUCGCAAAGCUGGGCACACUCUGCUCAUUCUUGGGGGUCAGACAUUUAUGUGUGAUAAGAUCUACCAAGUGGAUCACAAAGCAAAAGAGAUCAUCCCUAAAUCAUAUAAAUGCCAUUUCCUUCGAGUUACCAUCCCGCCCCCAGCACUUCACCUGAACAAAGGCUGUUAUCUGCACUACACCUUGACGUUGGACUUCUCAAACCACUUCUGUUCGGGAAUCUCCCUAAGCCCUGUUUGA